AUGGAGACUUAUGGCAAAAAGAAGAAGACUCUGAUGGGUUCGUUCGCUUCACUCAGGAAUUCACAGUACAAUAAAUCAAAGAAGAACAGAGUCAACAGGAGAGAGUUGAGUACGCGCCAAUUAUCAGCUUUUCACUCAACAUCCGGCAUUGAAGAACAGGAUUCCGUCGAAGAAGUCCCGAGUGAGGAGGGAAAUGGAUUGGCAGAGGAGCCUGUCAUCCACCAACCACACAAUACGACUACAACCAUUGAGAAUACUCUACCACAAUUGCCUAGUCUCAAUUUUAGUGAACAAGAGAUGUGGAUUGCGGGAAAGGGCACUACUACGGGAGCGAACAACUCAAACGUUGAUUGCCAUAAGGGAAAGGCUUCCCACACAAGGAAGAACUCUGCACCUCCUAUUCCGAGAAAGUCAUCGAAGAGACAGUCAGCAUUAGCUAAGACAGCUCGCCAUAGGAGCCCAACGAAAGACUCUCAAACCCGAAGAUUUCCCAAGGAACCAAUCAGUCGAGUAUUGAACGGUUCUAACGAAAAAUCCCAUCCAGCUGUUAGCCCGUCAGAUCCUAAUGCUAUAAAUGCUUCGGUUGCACAGACAUUAAAGGCAAUGGAAGAGCUCAAGCCUGGAUCAACAAACACUUUGAUAGUUGAAAAAAAGCGACGCUUAAGAGCUGGGGCCUUUUUGAAGGUUAAGAGCGUUUUGCAAGGGAGUUUUCGUCGUCGAAAGAACGAUAGCACCCAAGAAGAUUCCUUGGAUAACUCCAGUUUCGUCGUCACGCCACAGGUUCGAGAGCACGUCGUUAGACGCUCGGAAUCUGACAGUACAAAGCUUCAAAACUUAAGAGGAAAUUCUAGAAUUCACAGAAAACCACUUAACAAUGACGGCAGAUCCUUCUACAGCCAGCAGUCAGCAUUGGCGGACCCAUUUACAGAGCCGCCAAGUUCGAGUGAUCAAACGAUGCCUCCUUCCAUUUUCAAUAGUCAGAUGCUUGGAAUUGGAUCCUUGCCGGAAUUUUCAAGCCCUCCUCGUACAAACAAGAAGGUUUCGUCUUACCGAAAUACCAAGGGCUUCGAUGAUCUGGACUCUUUACUUACCUCGAGUCCUUUGGCUCAAUCAACUCCGAGACUGCGACUAGAGUGCAAUCAUACCGAUCCGGACAGAACCAGAAGAAUGCAGAAGGUGGAUGCAGGAUCUCCAUCUGUCCUCGAUCAUAAUGUUUUAAUUGAAAACAGCGAGGUCUAUCAAGGUAUGCUCGCUGAUAGUCCAGUCAAAGUCAAAGACCCAAAUCAACCUGAGCACCGCCGAAAAUUAGUACAGCAGGUUGGAAUGCUAAGAGAGAAGACUGUUAACAACUUUGUUGCCGCCGUCCAAACCUUAUCCGGAUCCACAAGCGAUUCAGGUUUUGCCCCUCUCAAUCGGAAGUGGAAGAAGAACCCUUCCCCAAGUAAGGCACGACUAGAAGAAUUGAGCAGAAAUCUUCCACAUUUCCCUGAGCCAGAGCCUAUGCUCUAUCGUGCCCACAAGCACAAAGAUAGUAAUGACAUUCACAAGGCAACUUUUGCUUUGCGAGAAAAGCGUAAGAAUAAUGAUCAAGAAAAUAAGGAGCUCUUAGAAGGACUGCUCACUUCAGAUGAGGAUAGUCAAGACAGCGAGGAGAGUGAGGAUACAGAGCGGAGUUUCCCUCGGAAAGAUAAUAUGUUAAGAAGGGCUUCCGCAUCUUUGCCACUUAUCAAUCCAUCGUCCAGACCAAUAUCCGCAAGCCAGUCAUCACCAGCCCUUGGUGUUGAGGGUUUGGAGGUUAGAGCUUCUGUUCAACCUAGAAACAUCAUGGAUCAGGACGAUUCAAUGAUGGAUCUGGAUGAAUUACAAUGGGACGAAACUAUGUAUGAUGUCGGCAUGAGGCAUUUCUAG